ACAUCAAAGAAUGACCCCUCGAUUAGCAUCGAACCCCCAGGUUCUGUCUCCAGAUGACGUCAUGCGCGAGAUGGACGAAUUUGAGUUAGUUACGAGACCUGUACUUAUAUAGACCUUGCCAUCACCCGCCGUCAGUCAUACAACGAAAAUCGGCGUAAGUGAAGCGAGAAUGGAAGCGAACGAGCGCGAGCGGGACGAAGAUUCACCCUCCGUCACCACGAACAGCCAGAAACCGACUUCUCCGGCAGGAAACCCAGAAAGUGACGGAGCAGGGCGGGCUGAGAGGAACGUGAAGGCGCGCCGGAUCACACAGUACUUGGCAGCGACGGCAGCCUGCCUCGGCGCGGCAUGUUCGGGCGCCGUCAUGGGCUUCUCCGCGCCGGCAGGCCCUCAGCUGAUCCGUAACGCGAGCGAUUCCUCGCAGAACGACAGCGACGCCGACAACGCCCUGAUGCUAACGAGCCUCGAGUAUUCGUGGUUCUCGUCCCUGCCCAACCUGGCGGCGGCGGCGGUGGGGCCCUUCGCUGGCCUCGCCAUGAACAAGAUAGGGAGGCGCGGUACCAUGUUGGCAUCCGUGGCACCGUUCGUGGCAGGGUGGGUGCUGAUCUGCCUGGCGGGGGAUCUCUGGACGCUCCUGGCAGGUCGCUUAGUCACGGGAUUCACCAUGGGCACGAUGAGCGUCGUCUGCCCAACCUUCAUCGGGGAGUUCGCGACCCCGGACGUGAGGGGCCUCCUCGGGUCAGGAUUCCAACUCUUCGCCACUCUGGGUCUCCUUGGGGUCUACGUCGUUGGCUCGGCCGUAGAGUGGCGUGUCUUGGCUGGAACGUGUGUAUCCGUUCCUCUCCUUUUCGGUUUGGCAUCACUGUUCAUUCAGGAGUCACCGUCAUUUCUUCUACAGAAAGGCCGGGAUUCGCAAGCUGAAAAAUCACUCAGAUGGUACAGAGGAUCAGAUUACAACGUGAAAGCUGAACUCGAGGCCACGAAAAAAAACCUUCAGGAGCUGCAAGCAGGAGGCAGAGUGGGCCUGAGAGGGCUGGGGCGGCCCUGCGUCCUUCGUCCGCUCUUGGUGUCUCUGGGACUCAUGUUCUUCCAGCAACUGUGUGGCAUCAUCAACGCCAUUUCUCUUCAACGCCAACACCGUUUUCCAGGACAGCGGCAGCAGGAUGGACAGGGACGCCAGCAGUGUGGUCGUGGCAGCGACGCAGGUGCUCGGGACUCUCUUGGCAUCCUUCCUGAUGGACCGCACCGGCAGGAAGGUCCUUCUGCUCCUUUCCUCCGUGGUCAUGACCCUCGCCCUGGCGGCCCUGGGCGCUUAUUUUGUCCUAAAGGUUCGGUCUGA